AUGGGCUCUAGUAAUAGUGUCCAUGUUACCCUUAAUCUUGAUCGAACGAAUCCAUUCUUUUAUGCGGGUGAAUUAGUAUCAGGAACAGCCAAUGUUAAUAUCAAAGAAGGACAAGUCAAAGUCGACGAAAUAUUUAUUGUAUUGAAAGGCGAAACUGGUUAUACAACAACUCGUACUGUUCACGAAUCAAACGGUUCAACACAUACAGUAACUGAUUAUCAUACAAUAUCUUUUUUUUUAGAAAAAAAAAUCUUGGAAAGUCCAGGAUUAAGAGAAAAAGAAUUAGUUUAUCAUUGUGGACAGCAUUCAUGGCAAUUUGAAAUUCCAUUGCCACCUCAACUUCCACCUACAAUCAAUGAACCGCGCAAAUAUCCACAUGUUCGAUAUUCUUUAAAAUUUGUUAUCGAUAAACCUUGGUACAAACGAAACACCAAUGAAAUUCUCUGGUUGACAGUGUUUCCAUAUGUCAAUCUAUUGAAUAAUCCUCAGUUUUUAACGUCAUCUAUAUUUGGUAAUCAUAAUCGAAAACAUGUUACUCUGAAAGGCAAUAUAAACAAAUUAGGUUAUGUACUCGGUGAGAUGAUUACAGGAACUUUAGAAAUUGAAAAUCCGGAAAAAACCUUAUUGAAACAAAUUUAUUUAACUUUGAUUCAGCACUGUCGAAUUGAGAGUAAUACGAAAAAAGAAAAAAUCGUUGAAACAAUUCUGCCCACAAUUGUUAACACAAAAGAGGAGCACAUCAUGCAAAAAUUUUCAUUAGUUAUUCCACUUACACAUAUAGCUCCAUCAUAUGCAUUUAGUGGCGGUUUUCAUCAUACGACUAACGUACAUAUUAAUUACUUUCUAGAAUUUGAUGUUAAAGCUGAAGGCAUGUUUACAAAUUUCGAUGUCAGUAUACCCAUUACAAUAGGAACUGAAUCCAAUACAAAACCAAAUGAACAUCAGCUAAAUGACACAACCAAUUUGUGGCCUAAUUCUCUUUCUUACUAUCCGGAAACAAUUAUGCAUGCCGAAUAUCCUCCGCCAAGUUAUUAUUCUAUAUCAAAUUAA